AUGAGUGAAGAAACUAAAUCACCAGACUCUAAAUCUCUUGAGACCCUACCAGGCAUCUUCUUUAUCGGAUCCUCCAACGUUGGCAAACGCACCCUCGUCUCUAGGUUGGUGUCACUUGAUUCUGAAGACUCAUUUGACUUAUCAAAUCAAGUUUUCUCGCAUGGAUGGAAUAUUAAUAAUAAGUACUACUCAGCUGAUGUUGCUCUAUGGAUGACUCAUCUUCACGAAGGAUUUUCAAUUGGAUCUCUUCCAAUUUAUAACAAGCUUGCUGCUUUGGUUAUGGUUUUUGACUUGAGUGAUUUAGAAUCUUUUGUUGCACUUAAGGAUUGGGUGGCUGGAACCGAUAUUAGCAACUUUGAGAUAUUGUUGUGUAUUGGGAACAAAGUUGAUCGGAUUCCUGGCCAUCCUGUUCAUGCUGAAUAUAGAAAACGGGUAAGGAAAAUUGGAGAGUUGGGGUCUUUUGAUGAUCCGAAUAUAGAGCUUGAUGACUUUGGAAUUUCUGAAACUGAAGGAAGUAAUUUGUUGGGUGAUGAAGAAGAGCCAUUGCGGGAGAUUAAGAGGUCAUGUAUUGAAUGGUGCACUGAGAAUGGCAUUGAGUACAUUGAAGCUUGUGCUUCCAAUGUUGAUUUUGACAAAUGUUUAUCAGUUGAUGGGGACUCACAAGGAGUAGAACGUCUCUAUGGUGCUCUUUCUGCUCAUAUGUGGCCAGGAAUGAUCCUGAAAUCUGACAAUAAGAUAACCCAACCAAAGUUACCUGACAAAGAAGAAAUCUCGGAAGAAGAAUCUGAUUAUGAAUUUGAUUAUGAAGUACUGUCUGCUGGUUCAGCUGAACCAUGGGAUGACACAUAUGGAGGAUGGGUUUCGGCAAAUGGUGCAACUGCCAUUCAAGAUGUGGGGGGUCAAGAAAAGUUUGAUAAAGAGAUGCAGCCCUCGUCAUCAGCAAUGGAAUUGCUGGAUGAUAAGGGAGUGGUGCCUGAUGUACAUGAACCUUGCGACAAUGGAGACUCAGAUGAAGUCACACCUUUUGACUUCGAGGAUUUAGAACAGUUGUUGUCUGAGAUAGGGAAUGUGCGUGACAGCUUAAGGUUGAUGCCAGAUUUCCAAAGGAGGGAUUUGGCUGCUAAUCUGGCCAUGAAAAUGGCUGCCAUGUUUGGGGGUGGUAGUGAUGAUGAUAAUGAGGAAGUUGAAUGA